AUGUCUGCCGAAAUAAAACAGCAUUCUGGAUUAUUGAAUGGGGCCUCAGGAGAUAUCAAUAAGAUUGGCAAUGCUGAGGAAUGUGCAGCCCUACACCUUCUACCAGUUUUCAGGAAGCAGCCAACUGUACUUGUUCAAGUUCGUGCAUGGACAAUGAUGAGGCCCAAAGAGUUAGUGGGCCUCAUGAACCACUAG